AUGUCUGAUAAAACGCCAAAUCUUAACAAGAGUUGGAAUACAUUGUACUCGUAUGAAAAUGGGUUGGUAUAUCUACAUUUAAAGAAUAAUGACUUGUUGCGAUUGAAUUUCAAUUUAAGUGGAGAUUUUGCCAACGAUACCAAUCUUAGGAAUAAACAGCAGCUAACUGCUUUAUCGUCACCCCCUGUGAACUCUACUUUAUUUAUUUUGAAUGAGGAUUUAUAUGCUCUUGUUCCAUCUUAUGAUAUGGAUAAUAAUGAUAGUGGUGGAAGCUCAGUUUGUGGAGCAGGACAGCUAUCCAUUGCCAAGUACGAAAGUGACACCUGGGAUAAAUACUCUUUGAACUUGUCCUUUGCCGGAAUAAACGAUUCAUCUUUUUACAGCUAUCCAACAAUAUUGACCAAUCCAAGUGAUAACAACACUAUCUAUGUCUAUGGAGGAAUAUGCUCUUCAACUGGUCUAAUAUCGAAUCGGAUGUUGUCGAUAGAUUUCGAUAGUGGUAAUGUCAACAAUAUUUCUACAGCAACAAAACCGCAAGCAUUUUACGGAGCUUCCAAUAUUUUGGCUCCCAACGUGGAAAGUCAACUAAUCGUUGGCGGAGAGCUGAAUAAUGGGUGGUUGAGUAUGUAUCAAUUGGCCACAUGGGACUUUGAUUCAGGAUGGUCAUUUAAACAAGUUGAAGAUGCUUCAAAUAGUGCUACAACAACAAUCAAUUCCCGUUCUUUCUCGUUAUUGCUACCUAUAUUUAGACCAUUACCAGAUAGACGUUCUGUGCUAAGUGAUUUUCGAAUAGAGCAAGUUUUGUUAGUUGGAGGAGAAACCAAUGGUCAAGAGAGUUCUCCCGAUUAUGCAAAAUUACACGUAACUACAAACGAAUGGACUUGGAAUACUACAGAUACAAGCGAUUUCGAUAUAAACGAAAUUCUUGGAGCAGCUACUAUUUUUACAACGCUUGUUGUUAUUAAUUCAACUUUAGAUUUGAAAAGGGGAAAACGAAUAGAUAACAAAAACUAUCAGAUAAAUUUAUAUGAUGCAGAAACACUAAAGCCUAUUGAAGAUCUUCAAGAAAACACACCACUGCCAUCAUCAUUAUCCCCAUCAACAUCAACAACUACAUCCUCAUCAGAAAAAAAUUCUUCCUCCAAUAAGAACAAGGUGAUCUUGGGAACAGUGCUACCGAUUUCGUUUUCACUCAUAAUAAUAGGUUUAGUUUUGUACUAUUUUUACCGUAGGAGAAGAAGAUUACAGGAGCAGGAGCAAUACCAAAAUGAAAAUAAUGACAUACCGUACAACGAGAUUGACUUCAAGUGUGACUUUUUAAGCCCGCCAAUGAGUUCACACCAUAAGCCAUUGUACAUGCACCUCAAUGACUCGAAUUCGACACUUAGUGGGACAUCAUCAUUUGAUUCGUGGAUGAAAAAAAGACAAGAUUUUGAUAAACAAAGGCCAAGAAACAGUUUUCUUGCUUCAAAUGAAACGUUGAAUACGAUUGACGAUAAUUCACAAGUUGGCAAUCUAGUUGAUGACGAAGGGAAUCUUGAGCAUGCCCACAAUACUAUCAGUCACCCCCCGCAAAGUCCAUUACAGCACAGAUCUGUCAAGAAUUUACGGAAAUCGUUUAGUUAUUCGCAAACACCACCAACUAGUCCUAUGCAAAAGAAGAAAGUGCCAAUAGAGCUCAAAUCCAUGAGAACAACAAAUUCCGAACAAUUGAUUGGCGAUGCUUUACUUGCAGAUGGCGAAAAUCCGUUUAGUGAUGAGGCUGAAACACGCAACCGCGAAGUAGCCUCUGAAGCUACUUCGAUUGAUGAGAAAUUAGAUGUUCAAGUUUUGGUGAGUAGUAAGAGACGUUCUAUUUUAAGAGUAGUCAAUCCUGAUGCUGACAUCAGCGAGCAUAAUGAGGAAUCUAGCUUGGUACUGGUGAUAGAUGAGAUGGAAGAAGCUGAUGAUAACAGCAGCAGCAGCAGCAAUAGAUUGCACUACCAAAUGUUGAGGCAGAGAGUGCCGUCAGAUCACUAUCCACUAUCGACACUAUCGAGCAGAGCGAGAUAG